AUAGCCUUUCACUGGCAAGUAAGAUCUUGACCAUUUCUGAAUGAAAACAAGCGAGGCAAAAGAGCGUUCUCAAACCUCUAGUCAUAGAUCUUAACUGCGAAAAGACUUAGAAAAUGGGAAAAGGAAGGAAUGACCAUGUAAAAGAAGAGAAAAGAAAUGAAGAUGAUAAGAUGCAACUCAAAAGGACAAUAGGGUAUUUUAAUGGGGUGAGUUUUAUAAUUGGCACCAUAGUUGGUGCAGGAAUCUUUGUGUCUGCUACAGGAGUGCUACAGUAUUCUUUACUUAACGUGGGUGUUGCGCUAUGCAUCUGGACUGCCAGUGGAGUAAUAUCUCUGAUGGGUUCCCUCUGUUACGCAGAGCUGGGGACUGCACUACCGUUCUCUGGAGGAGAAUACAGUCACAUAAAGAUAGCACUUGGAUCUCCACCUGCUUUCAUCUUUAUCUGGACAGCGAUGUUUACAAAGCCAGCAUCAAAUGCUGCCCGAGCCUUGUUGUUUGCAGAAUAUGCCACUCAACCUUUCUAUGGUGCCUGUCCUGUACCAGAGCUGCUAAAAAAAUGCUUGGCUUUGGCUGUUCUUUGGUGUCUGGGGAUUCUGAAUGGCCGCAGCGUCAAAAUGGCUGCUUGGGUUCAGACUGUUUUCACACUGUUGAAGAUGAUGGCUUUAUCCAUAAUUGCCAUAGGUGGCAUUGUCCUGCUGGUUAGAGGAAGAAAGGAGAAUUUGGCAAGGUUUGAGAAUGCUUUUAGUUCAGAAGUUCCUGAUGCAUCACAGAUUGCAGAAGCUUUUUUCCAAGGAUUAUAUGCAUAUGGUGGUUGGUGGUCCCUCAAUUACAUGGCAGAAGAGAUGAAAAACCCUAGCAGAAAUAUCCCUUUGACUGUGAUGACAGCACUUCCUGCAGUAACUGUUUUUUACUUACUGGUAAAUAUCUCAUACCUGACCGUUCUCACACCAAAGGAAAUUGUCUCCUCAGUUGCUGUGGCAGUCACAUGGGCUGACAGAGUAAUCCCUGCUGUUGCUUGGAUCAUUCCUUUAUCUGUUGCUGUCUCAAUAUUUGGUGCCCUCAACAGUAGCAUGUUUACAUUAGGACGAUUGAGCUAUGCUGGAAGUCAGUCAGGACAUUUGCCUGUUUUAAUAUCCAUGCUGAAUGUUCACUGUUGCACUCCAGCUCCAGCCAUGAUUUUUUCAACCAUCAUUGCUUCCAUUUUUAUUAUCCCCUCUGAUCUCAUUGCUUUAACAAAUUACUUUGGAUUUUCCGUGUGGCUGAUGAUUGGACUGACCUGUGCUAGCCUAAUUGUACUCCGAUACCGGGAACCUAAUCUGCACCGACCAUACAAGGUGUUCUUACCAGUAGCAUUUGUGAUGGUGGCAAUUUCAUUAUUCUUAGUUUUGGCUCCUAUAAUCUGGUCUCCAAAGGUGCAGUAUAUAUAUGCUUUUAUUUUUAUGCUGGGAAGCCUUCUUAUUUACCUGCCUUUUGUACAUUUUAAAUUAUAUUUUGGUUUUGUCGGUAAAAUUACUUGUUAUUUACAACUCCUGCUGGAAGUCUCUCCUGUUGAUGUAUCUGCUGACUGUAAAUAUGACUAAGAGAAAAUGCUUAAACCCUGUGCUGCUACCAGUCAGAGGAAAUUCUUUGACCCAGGGAGUAGGAAUCAUGAAGGGAAACAUAGGUUUUAAGACUCUGCAAAACAGUUAAUUAAGCAUGUAUUUAAAUUUAAGGCUGUCAGUAAUCCCACUGGCAUUAAAAAUAAUCUCAGUCAAGAAGUUUCGUUUCACUGGAAUACUCAUAUGCUUAAAGUUAAGCAUAUGUUUAAAAGGGUUUUCUAUACUUAGCACUCAUUCACAACACUGAUUACUAUGCAGGAUUGAGUCCUACAUGCAUCGAUAACCUGUUUUGAACAGGUAAAAUUGUUAAAGGCGAUAGAGGUUGUAUAUUUGUUCAGUAUAACAGAAAUAAAGUUAAAAUACAAUACAUGCUCAAUGUAUAGCAAUAUAAUAAGAUAAAUGUGCUUUCAAGUUCCAGUAUAAAUGUGAUAUUCUGAUUAUUUUUAGUAUGAUGAAAUAGCUUACCUUUUAGGAUUUAUGGGUUUGAGGCCUUUGUAGUUUUGCUUCUCUGCUACAGUGUUUGUAUGAAUAUGAUUUUAAUAAAAAAUAAAAAAAUUAUUG